AUGCUCACGGCUUACCUCCUGUAUGUGUUCGCUUCAAUAGUGGUGUUAAUUUAUUUUUAUCUCAAUAAUAAAUACAAAUAUUGGAAAAAUAAAAACAUAGCCGGUCCGGAGCCGGAAUUUUUGUUUGGGAAUUUGAAGGAAAGCUUCCACAGGAGGAAGCAUAUCGCGACCGUCUUCAAGGAGAUAUACGAUCAGUACCCCGAUGAGAAGGUAGUGGGAAUGUUCAGAAUGACAUCUCCUACGUUGAUAGUGCGCGACUUGGACAUUGUCAAACAGAUAAUGAUCAAAGACUAUGCCAAGUUCAACGAGAGAGGCAUUAAGUUCAGCAAGGAAGGGCUCGGAGACAACCUGUUCCAUGCUGAUGCUGACGCUUGGAAAGCGGUAAGAAGCCACCUGACGCCGAUGUUUAGUUCGGGAAAAUUAAAGAACAUGGUGAGGGUGUUGUCGCAAACGGGAGACCGGUUUGUGGACCACGUCACCAACGAAGUUCGCUUGCGACCCGAACAAGAGCUCGUAUCCCUGUUCCUCAAGUACAACAUCGCGACUAUAAUGGCUUGCAGCUUCAGCAUGGAAACCGAUAUCAACGACAUGCAAGUAUAUGAGAUGCUCAACGUUGCUGUCUUCGAAAACAGCUACAUCAGCGAAUUGGAUAUGGUGUUCCCGGGAAUUCUGAGGAAAACGAACCGAUCGAUUUUCGGGCCGACCGUCAACAAUUUCUGCUAUGAGAUUGUCGAAUUUAUUAAAAACGAAAGGAACGGAAAGCCAGCCAACAGAAACGACAUGAUGGAUAUGCUGUUAGGUGUCAAUUGUGAUAAAUUAAAAAUGAAAAAUGGCAGCGAAGAUUUUGUUGAAAUCACCGAGCAUGUGAUGGCUGGACAAGUGUUUGUCUUCUUUGCAGCCGGGUACGUUAAUAAUACGAUCACGCUGACAUUCUCUCUGUACCAUUUGGCGAAAGAUCAAAGCAUUCAAGAAAGGUUAAUGAGGGAAAUAGAGACGGUGCUGGAAAACCAUAACAACGUAUUGACUCUUGAAGCGAUUAACGAGAUGAGUUACUUGGAGAUGAUAUUUCUCGAAACCUUGAGGAUGCACCCGACAACGAACACACUCCAACGCUCUGCUUUAGAAGAUUACACGAUACCUGGGACGGACAUAGAGAUCGAAAAGGGCACAUUAGUGCUCAUACCCCCCUUGGCUUUUCAUCACGACGAGAAAAUUUACCCUGAACCUGAGAAGUUUGAUCCUGAAAGAUUUUCCGUAGAGAAUCACAAGAGCCGGCAUGCUUGUGCGUUUUUGUCUUUCGGAAUCGGCCCACGGACCUGUAUAGGCAUCAGAUUAGCGAAAUUACAAUACAAAGUUUGCAUGGUCAAGUUCCUAACGAAGUAUCGAGUGGCGCCGUCUACGAGAACGAAGGAUGCGUACAAGAUUGAUCCCCUAAGGACGGCUUUGGAACCUGAAGGAGGCGUUUAUGUUGAUAUACUACCAAGAUCUUAA